AUGAAUGAGUGGCGUGGUAGGGAUCUCCGGGAUAACUAUCAUUCAAAACUCUGGGUCGAGCCACAAAGACAGUGUUGGGGCACAGGUGGUCUCUGGGAUUGCCUGAUGUUUAAAGUCUCUGGGACUACUGGCACUGUCAGACCAGAUGAUCUCCGGGAUUAUAAAAAAAGGGCCAGAGAAUGGGAAAAGACUCGUUUGUGUAUGUGGGUUCAUAUCGAUCGUCGAACUUUAAGAGGGGCAACAGUCAAUGGUGCAAUUAAUAAUGUAAAUGGAAGCGAACAAAAUUCGAUGGGCCAUUAUUUAAUACCUAAUCACGAAGGAGUUAUUAUGGAAAACGUUGAUAACGAAGAUGCUUACACAAAAAACAUCCAACUAUCUCAUGAGGUAAUGAACCUUGCAUAG